AUGCGUAGUAUACUACAAUGGAGACAACAACAACAUUUACAUUCGAAAAAUAAUAAUAAUAAUAAUAAUAAUAAUAAUAAUAAUAAUAAUAAAGUGAAUGAUGAACAUAUUGGUGAUGUUGUAGACAUUCUACUAAAUAAAACAGGUGCAUAUCACAAUAAUAACAACAGAAACAACAUCUUUAACGAUAGUAACAGUAAUCAUGAUGAUAAUAAUAAGAACAAGAAGAAAAAGGAUAAUAAGGGAGAAGGAAAGAAUAAUAAUAAUAAUAAUAAUAAUAGUAAUAAUAAUAAUAAUAAUAAUAAUAAUAAUAAUGAUAUCAUAGUAACUAGUAACUCACAUUCCAUCACAAAACACCGCAAUUGUGCUCCGCAGGGAAUAACCGUCGCAGUGAGUCGAGGAGUAAAUCCCUUUUUCAUCUCUCUACGCUCUGAGAAGAAGAAGAAAGAAAAAGAAGAAAAGGAAACGCCUAUUCUAAAGGGAAAAGAGAAACGCAAAACACAAAGUAAAAGAGAAGAAAUACCACGUAUAGUGGAUAUGAUGAAAAAGAGAAGAGGAGAAACAAUUAUGAAAGGAGUAUCAUUAAUCUCUAAACCUUCAUCUUCAUAUAAUAAUAAUAAUAAUAAUAAUAUUAAUACUACUAAUAUUAAUAAUACUAAUAAUAUUAGUUCAAAGGAGAAUUAUUGGCCAUUGCCUAGUCGAUCUCUUACCGCUCGUAAACUCCGCGGGUUAAGUAAAGGCACAACAAAGGCUGUAGCCCUUUUUCGUUUAUUUAAAACCAAUACACUUGUAGGACAAUCACGGUGUGUAAAGAGUCGUCGUUAUCGUGAAGAAAUAAAAAAUAAGAAGAAAAAGAAUAAGAAUAGUGAGAAAUGUUUGAAUAGUGUUUUUUGGAAUGCGGUAGCCACUAUUGUACAGCAGCGUAAUGUUUACAAGAGAGAAUGGAUGGAGAUGUGGAAAACACAUUUAUCUAAUACAACUGUUGCUGUUCAUACUACUACUACUAAUGAUAAUAAUAAUAAUAAUAAUAAUAAUAAUAAUAAUAAUAAUAUGAAUAAGGAAUUAAUAGAGUUACUUCCUUUAUUACGUGCCUUUCCUCUAUUUGGACUUGUGGUGGAUGUCGAACUCUUUCAAUGGCAACAACAAGAAAAAGAAGAAAAUGGAAAUACUUUAUCAUCUUCUCUACUACAUAUUCUUCAUACUGUUCGUGGUAUUAUUAUACAUGAAUCUUCUAAAUUUAUUGGAGUGGCUCUCUUAGAAGAAAUAAAAGAAGAAGAGACACCACCAGCAACAACAACAGUAAGCUUUUCCUCCAUCUCAUUAGAGAACUAUCUCCAUCAACUGACUAAACAAUAUCAACAAGAAGAAAAAGAAGAGGAAAAGAAAAAAAAGGAAAAGGGAGGAGAGAAAAGGGAAAUAGAAAGUAGAAAUGUAGAAACAAUAGAGAAACUUCCAGUGGGUCGUGUUGUAUCUAUUGUAAAGGCAUUCCCUGGCGGUAUAGGAACAACAACAAUAACAACAAACACAAUAACUGCUGCUGUAAGAGUAAUGAAAGAAAUUUAUCCUUCUACAGAUAUGAAUUGUUUGUUAGCGAAGGUGGCAGCAGCAGAGGUGAAAGAUGAUGAGGAAAGUCCAUUUAGACAUCUUGUGGGAUAUUAUCUAUGA